GAGAGAGAGCCGCAAGAAAGAGAGAGAGAUAAAGAAAAAUAUAAAGAGAGAUAAAGAGAGAGUGUGAUAAAGACAGAAAUAUAGAAAGAGAUAAAGAGAGAGAGAGCUGCUGAAAGAAAGUGUAGCAAAAGAGGACAGAGAGAGGGAACUACAAAGCCAAAUCAGGUGAGAGAGUAAAAAAUACAGGACAGACAAGAGGAGAACAGAAGGAGUGUUUUCCUGUGAGGCCUAUCUCAAUGUUCUUGUUUUUUAAGCAUUCUCAACAGAUCUAGAGACUAGAUGACCAGGCUUUACACACCGCAGUGUCCUGUCCUGGAACUCUGACAGGAGUGGAAACACACACUCAUACACGCACUCCCUCUCUCGCACACAUACCUGCAUACACAGAGGGUAGACAUUCUCCAUCACUGUCUGCAACCCCCCCUCCCCCUCGAUUGGACCAUGUCCACAUCCUCGUCUGGAUCGACCAACCACAACAAGCGUCAGUCAUUGGAGACAGACAACUCUCAGAUUGUGUUGGAUAAUGACUCAGCCCAGCAUCUGAAGCUGAGGGAGAGACAGCGCUUCUUUGAGGAGGUGUAUCAGCACGAUAUGGACAUCCUCCUGUCCUCGGCUCACCUGCACAUUGACAGCAGGAAACCUCCCAUGGGCAGUAUCUCCUCUAUGGAGGUGAACGUGGACAUGCUGGAGCAGAUGGAUCUCAUGGACAUCUCUGACCAGGAAGCUCUGGAUGUGUUCCUCAACUCUGGGGCCAACAACAGCCCACUGGCCUCCCCUUUACCAGAGGUAGACGAUGAAGAGGAAGAUGAGGAAGACGAGAGUAAAGAAGUUGUCUACAGGGAGCGUGUGCCAACUUGCGACAUUCGCCGGGGGUCAAAAUCUCGCAUGUCCUCCACCUCUUCCGGUUCCAGUGACACCAGCGGGGGCGGGACCGACACCCAUGUGGUCCAAUCAGAUGAUGAGGAGGUGCACGCAGACACCCUGUUGCUGACCUCCGUGCCUCGAACAAAAGAUGAAGAGGCAGAGGAAGAAGAUGGAGAAGUGAGGCCUGUCCGCUCCAUUGUCAUAGAGACACAAGCCACUUGCUGUUCUGACUGUUGUCAAUGACAACAAUGAGAUGGUAAACAGACUAACUCGGAGAUCCAUACAUAUACAGUACCAUCACUUCCUCUUUACAUGUUACUGACACCCCUGGAAUUCCUUGUGGGAAACCCCCUAGCAUGGACAACCCUUGUUAUUCUUUGGUGUGUUGUUAUGGGUCAACCCACUGGGCACAGACACCAUUUAAACGUCAAAUGUUUAUUUACAUUUGGUUGAAAUGUCAACUAAUGUGAAUUCAACAUGAAAUAAACAAAAAAUGUCACCAUGUCAUGUGAUUUAGGUUCAAAGUUGGGUGAAAGAAAGACUAAAUUCCCUUACGUUGAAGACUUUUUGCAAAUCGAAUCAGUUUUCCACAUUUGAUUCAUUGUCAUCAGAUUGCAUUUUUGGGUUGAAAUGAUGUGGAAACAACAUUGACGCAACCAGUUUUUGCCCAGUGGGAAUUGAUUCUCUGUGUAACUAUGAAACUACUUAUUGAUGACUCCUCAUUGUUUCUACUUAGCACUAUUAUAAAGAACAUUCAGUUCUCACUGUUUUUCUUCUGUUGCUUCAGAGCAAUAUACGUGUAUUGUGUUCAACCAUUAUCAAGGUGCCAAUAUUGUCUUCUCCAUAUUUAUAAUACACAGAAUAUCAUUGUUUGAGGGAGGAAUGUCCAGAUAGAUGUCUGUCUCACAUAAGAAUCUGUGAACAACUACUUUAGUGAGAAUAAAUUCUAGAUCCAAUCCUAUCCAUUCAUUAAUGCUGCUAUAUAAACACUGAAUUCUUACAUGACUCUUUGCUGCAUGAUUUGGAACAGUUAGUAGAGGAAGUCUCAAGCGGUUUGGUUUCAUUUGUUCUCAGUCAAGGUAUUUACCUCCCUUUAUGUGACCGUUGACAGAGGAUCCAACAUGUAGUAACAUAACACAGACAACAGACAGA